GGUUACGUCAUCAAGAAGCGCUGCCCUUCUGUCGAAAUUUCUAACAAUGUGUGGGAACACGAUUUUCGUGAAGUAUGCGUUCAGCAAUGACGCUUUGGCACGGUGCAUGGACAUUCACUGUAUCACCACCAGGCUCUGCUACACGUUUCACAGAAAUAGAACGCCGCACCAAGAACCAAGAGGAACGUUCAAAAAAAGAGUCCGAAAUUGCGUGGUGAAGUUUUCAAUCGUCGCAGGAAGGUGGAACAAGCACCUUUUACGGAAUAAUUCGGUGGAAUCUUUCAUAAACGACGUGGACCGAUGCAUUCCUGACAGCAUGAUCCCAGAAGACGUCGGGCUCAUCACCGCUGCGAUGCGAUACGGCCGUAAAUUUCUUUGAAAAAAAAAA